CAGCGCAGAGCAGAGGGCGGGAGAGCUGGGAGGAAGGAGGAGCAGAUCCCCAACCAUGAGUUCGAGCCAGCCAGGGACCUGCUCGUGUCGGGGUGCUGCAGGCCGCCCGGCCAUUCUGUACGCACUUCUGAGCCCUAGCCUCAGGGCCAGGCCCUCUGUGCCCCCAGCCCGUAGUCAUUGCCUGUGCAGGCAGCACCGGCCUGUCCGGCUGUGUGCUCCCCAUCGCACCUGCCGGGAAGCCUUGGAUGUUCUGGCCAGAACAGUGGUCUUCCUCAGGAACCUGCCGUCCUUCUGCCAACUGCCCCCCCAGGAUCAGCAGCGGCUGCUGCGGGGCUGCUGGGGCCCCCUCUUCCUGCUGGGGUUGGCCCAAGACACUGUGACUUUCGAGGUGGCCGAGGCACCAGUUCCCAGCAUACUCAAGAAGAUCUUGCUGGAGGAGCCCAGCAGCAGCUCAGGCAGCGGCCAGCUGCCAGAUCGACCCCAGCCCUCGCUGGCUGCGGUACAGUGGCUUCAGUGCUGCCUGGAGUCCUUCUGGAGCCUGCAGCUGGGCCCCAAGGAAUAUGCCUACCUGAAAGAGACCAUCCUCUUCAAUCCUGGUGUGCCGGGCCUCCACGCCUCCUCCCAUGUUGGACACCUGCAGCAAAAGGCUCAUCAUGCUCUGUGCAAGGCCCUGGAGACCUGGUGCCCAGCAGGCCAGGGCCGCUUGGCCCGUGUCCUCCUCACAGCCUCCACCCUCAAGUCCAUUCCGCCCAGCCUGCUUGGGGACCUCUUCUUUCGCCCUAUUGUUGGAGACACUGACAUCGCUGGCCUCCUCGAGGACAUGCUUUUGCUGAGCCAACCUGUUCCAGCCCAGGCAGAGAUCAAGUGCUCCCUCUCACCUCAACGAGCGUCAGAUCACAGCCAGUGAGGAAUAUGAAGCAGUCCAUUCCUAAACUAAAACAGACAAGGUCACUGGAAUUCCUGCAGUUUGGGGUCGCUCACUUCCACCACCCCUGCUGAUGACAGAAGAGGAUAGUCCACUGCUCUCCCAAUGGGAGGGGCAAGGGCAUCUAGGGUUGACCUGGUGCAGCUGCUUGGAGGCCAAGGCUGGCUGAGGUUUAGCUGCCACACCAGAUGUUCAAGUCUGAGACACUUCCAUGGCAGUUAGUUCACAGAUACUGCCCUGAGCUCCCCCCUACCCCCGAGUUCCCUUCCGUGGCCCCCCUGUCCCAGCCUUUCUCCUGGAAUCCAUUCUCAUUGGCCACAACUAGAGGGCAAUGCUUGGCAUAGCCUUGGCCUUCAGGACCGCUCCAUUCAGUGCA